AUGGCCACCAGCCUCAUCCCGGACGCUCCUCGCCCUCUAAGCUCGCUAUCCUCCCAACAGACCAUACUCCUGUUAGUCCUCUCGGUGCUGACCGCCGUGCACGUGAGCCAGUGGUUGCUGAGGCAGCGGCGGCGCCAUCCGGCGCCAUCCCCUCCGGGCCCCUUUCAGUGGCCUCUGAUCGGAAACGCGGCGACUGUGGGCCGUGCGCCGCAUCUCUCCUUCGCUCGCCUGGCGCAGCGCUACGGUGAUGUAUUCCAAAUCCGUCUGGGCAGCUGCCCUGUGGUGGUGCUGAACGGCGAGCGCGCCAUCCACCAGGCCUUGGUGCAGCAGGGCGUCGCCUUCGCCGACCGGCCGUCUUUCCCUUCCUUCCGCGUAGUGUCCGGUGGCCGCAGCCUGGCUUUUGGUCACUACUCGGAGCACUGGAAGGUGCAGCGACGCGCGGCGCACGGCACCAUGCUUGCCUUCUCCACGCGCCAGCCUCGCAGCCGCCGCCUCCUCGAGGGCCACGUGCUGGGCGAGGCGCGCGAGUUAGUGGCGCUGCUGGUGCGCGGCAGUGCGGGCGGCUCAUUCCUGGACCCGAGGCAGGCGACCAUCGUGGCCGUGGCCAACGUCAUGAGCGCCGUGUGCUUCGGCUGCCGCUACAGCCAUGACGACGCCGAGUUCUUGGAGCUGCUCAGCCACAACGAGGAGUUCGGGCGCACGGUGGGCGCAGGCAGCCUGGUGGACGUGCUGCCCUGGCUGCAGCGCUUCCCCAACCCGCUGCGCACCACCUUUCGCCAGUUCGAGCGGGUCAACCGUAACUUCAGCAAUUUCAUCCUGGAUAAGUUCCUGCGGCACCGCGACAGCCUUCGACCCGGCGCCGCCCCGCGCGACAUGAUGGAUGCCUUCAUCCUCUCCGCGAACAAGGCUGCGGGGCCCUCGGGCGACGGGCGCGCGCGCCUGGACUUAGAGAACGUGCCCGCCACUGUCACGGACAUCUUCGGCGCCAGCCAGGACACGCUCUCCACUGCGCUCCAGUGGCUGUUCCUCAUCUUCACCAGGUAUCCUGAUGUGCAGGUGCGAGUGCAGGCAGAACUGGAUGAGGUUGUGGGGCGGGACCGGCUGCCUUGCAUGGAUGACCAGCCCAAGCUGCCCUAUGUCAUGGCCUUUCUUUAUGAAACAUUACGAUUCUCCAGCUUUGUGCCCAUUACCAUUCCUCAUGCCACCACCACUGACGCCUUGGUUCUGGGCUACCAUAUCCCCAAGAACACGGUGGUUUUUGUUAACCAGUGGUCGGUAAACCACGAUCCAGUGAAGUGGUCUAACCCAGAGGACUUUGAUCCAGCUCGAUUCUUGGACAAGGAUGGUUCCUUCAACAAAGACCUGGCCAGCAGCGUGAUGAUUUUUUCCACGGGCAAGCGACGGUGCAUCGGUGAAGAGCUGUCGAAGAUGCAACUGUUCCUUUUCAUCUCCAUCCUGGCUCACCAGUGUAAUUUCAAGGCCAACCCAGAUGAGCCCUGGGAAAUGGGCUUCAAUUAUGGCUUGGCCAUUAAACCCAAGUCGUUUAAAGUCAAUGUCACUCUCAGAGAAUCCAUGGCGCUCCUUGAUAAUGCAGUCCAGAAGUUACAAGCUGAGGACGUUUGCCCUUGAGAAGA